AAUUACUUGGGACUCAAGAUGGCUUUUUUGUACACGUGGUGUCAUAUUUUCAUGAAGUCAUAUGGAAUUUCUGGCUUCACAGUUGUAACUUUAUCAAUAUACGGCUUUGUUCAGUUCGUUAAAGCUUCUAGGGGCGUAUACAACUUAUAUAUUCUGUUCUAAACGAAUCCCGAACAUAAAUAGAAGUUCUGAACAGUGUUGCGUCACUCGUUUAGCUGAAGUGGAGUAGCAGAUGCAUGUGACAAGGAACAAUCGUCGCAAUAUCACCAUGGGGACAUUUAAAUCUAGAAAGCUGUUUACAGUUCCUGUGGCUGUGGGUUUACCCAUACUAUUCCUCGUGGGAACCAUGUUUAUAAUCACCAAUUAUACCACCAUAAAGAUUGAAACCACGCCCUUGUCGGUUUCAACUAGUUUACGAAAAAAAACAACACGAGUUUCAAAUAUGAAAGCGACAGAGGUUAUAACAGUUCGGUGGCACAAGAGACCAUCCUAUAUAAGUACUGCAAAAAUGGUUGGCUGGUUUUCCUCAUGUAAUCAUUCAUGCCAAUAUACAAAGGACAUAAAUAGCCACAUCCUUCUAUUUGAUGCUAAUAUAAUAGGAAAGCGACCCAAAAGAAUAAAUCCAAGACAGAUAUGGGUUUUUUAUAAUCCAGAAUCGCCCCAUAUUACAUUUUCACAUAAAUGGAGAGACCCUUCAUGGAAUGGACAGUUUAAUAGGACAAUGAGUUAUCGGUUGGAUUCAGAUGUGAAUGCGCGUUAUGGAUAUCAUAUCAAAAGACGACAUCCUUUGAGAAAAAACAGAACCGAGGUGAUGCAGAAUAAAACCAAAAUGGCGGCUAUAUUACGCAGCAAUUGUAAAACCCCGGGUCGGCGAGAAGAUUAUCUCAAAUUAUUGCGUAAAUAUAUACCGGUUGACAGUUACGGUCGGUGUGAAAAAUUGUCCUGUCACAUGGCCAACUACUGUAAUAUUGACAAGAAAUACAAAUUCUACCUAGCAUUUGAAAACAGUUUUUGCAAGGACUACGCAACAGAGAAAUUUUUCCGAGCUGAAGGGUGGGACUUGGUAACCGUUGCUAGGGGAGGCGCAAAUUACUCUCUUUUAGCUCCCGAGAAAAGUUACAUUCUAACCAGUGAUUUUAAGUCGGUAAAAGAGCUAGCCGAGUAUUUAAUCUAUCUCGAUAAAAAUGAUACAGCCUAUAUGGAAUAUAUAGAGAAGAAAUGGAAAUAUGAAGUGUUUUCGACCUUAGUUCAUGGCAGUGCAUACGUGAAACGAUGGUGCAAUUUUUGUGAACAAGCGCAUUCGUGGCUCAAAGAAAACAAUAAUCAUUCUUAUGAACACAUUAAAGAAUGGUAUGAGACAGAUAAAUGCCACAAACCAACUGAUUUACAUUAAAACCCGUUAUUAAAAUCUUUAUUCAUUUAUAA